AUGAAACACACCCGGCCGCUCGACGACCACCCAGAGCUAGUGCUGAUUGAAGCUUCAGCAUGGCGCGAGUAUAGGGUGCACACGAAAGCCAGCCAAAGGUUGAGUGUCGGCCACUUCUGGUUCGAUGGGGUCGUCGGUCUCGCCCUCGCCUACUUUUGGUCUUGGGCCAUUGCUAGCAAGCUCAAAGUCGCCGUGACUACCGCCAGUCUGCUCGCAUACGUUCACUCUCGUCUGACGCAGGUGAUCUGGGAGUCGGUUGUGAUUUUUCCGUCUCUCGGUAUACAACUCGAGACACACCGGGGGCUUGGGGGCUUCUCCCUAACAGCCUCGCGUACCUUCAUCCCCUGGUCCGCUUUGGAGGACUUCCUCAUCAACGAAGGUAUCCGCGGCUGGGACAUACGUUACUACCUCGUCGCCAUCACCCGCACCUCGCAGGGACCUGUCAGGCUCGAGGUGGCUUUCGAGAACAUCCUCCCUCGCUUCCGCAUCCUCCACGAGAUAUACCAUGGCGUACAGGACGCCCUGCGCACAGAAAGUGAACGAGCAUCAGAUACAGAAAAUUAG